AGCAACCAGGACGCGACUGGGUGAUCGGAUACCUGACGGUGGGAGGGGAGUGGCUGGCUAUCAGACCCGUGCUCCGGGAGCCCCUUUCUCCAGGAGCGGACCCGUCCCAAGCCUCCCGCGCACCCCCUCACCGAACCGUGCGGUCUGAGAGCCAGCCGGCGUCGCAGUUGUCAAAGCCGUCUUCGAAGGCAGCCUGCAGGUGCCGCGGGGCGGCGAUGGUGGCUGAGCUCAGGCGGCAGGCCUCCUGGGCUUCAGCGAAGGUCAGUGCGUAGCGAUCCCGGGCCGCCCGGUAGUGGAACACGACGCCUGUGGGACCCAGCUAGAGGACCAGCAGGAGAAGGCUCUGGAAUGAAAAGGCCUCAUCCCAUCCCGCUGACCCAUGGUUGACAGCAGACAGGAUCCCACCCCCAGCCCCGUAGGCCCCACUCACCCUGAUCCCCAGCCACCAGGAGCAGCAGCCUCAGCACCAGGAGGCCUGAGGCCCAGACAGAUGUGGCCCCCAUACUGGAGCUAGGAGCAAAGGAGAGGGAGGCAGGCACUAGCCGAUAUGCCUGCCGUGGACCUGUCCUUGGUGCUGAACCCUGAGCCUGGCCUGCCUGAGCACCCAGAGAAGUGGGGAGUGGCAGCGCCGGAGUUCGAACUCGCGCUGAGCUCUGGGCAAGGCGUCGCAGAGCCGAGAUGAGCCAGUCUUUGGUUUGCCCCGAGACCGUGAGCAGGGUGAGUUCUGUGCUUCAUCGCAACAGCCGGCAGUUUGGGAAGAAACAUCUUUUUGACCAGGAUGAGGAGACGUGCUGGAACUCUGACCAGGGCCCCUCCCAGUGGGUGACACUCGAGUUUCCCCAGCGUGUUCACGUCACACAGCUGCAGGUGCAGUUCCAGGGCGGCUUCUCCAGUCGCCACAGCUGCUUGGAAGGUUCAAAGGGCGGGGGCACCCUCAGCAAGAUUGUGGACCUCUACCCUGAGGACAGCAAUGCUCUUCAACUUCUCCAUCCCCACUGUGGAGGUGGAUCAGCUGAAGUUGACCUUUGAGGACACCACCGACUUUUUUGGCCGUGUGGUCAUCUACCACCUGCGGGUGCUGGGUGAGAAAGCAGUGUGAGAGCUAUCGGCGGCCACCUCCUCCAGGAAGCCCCCCUGGGAGGCACCUGGAAGCCCUUCAAGAUCUCCACAGAUUUAUUGGUUCUUGUUGGGGAAGGCCCCUUCCCACCACUGUCCAGGAGCUGCCUCAAGCCAGUUGUGGGCAGACUGGUUUGUUCCCUGAGUGCCUGGGUUCCCAACAGGCCGUCUUCACUCGGGAUCAGCAGGCCCGAGGGUACUCUGGAACAGUUUGAGGAUGUGGCUCUCCAUCACCUGUUGCACUGUGGGAGGAGGUAUGAGUGGGAGGGGACUGGAGAGGCUGCUCAGGGGGCCAUGAGCAGGAGUGAAGGAGACCCCGGAGGGGCUCAGCCCAGAGGCUGGGACUCCUCACAAGUGGUCUGCUGCAGCUGGGCAGCGGGGCAGAGCUCCCUGGAGAAUCGGCUGUUUUAAGACAAGGCCUCCGGGCUUCUCUCGACUUCCUGCUUCACACCCACUCCGGCUCUUGCUCCCCGCUCAGUCAAAGCAAUACCAGACCCUCAGCCAGUGUGGCCACACAGCUGUAGCUCUCCCGCCUCCAGAACCAUGAGUCUGUCUAAAUAAAGCCUUCUACCUUGU